CUGCCAUCUCACAGCAGGUACACUAUCGUCUCUACCACCGACAGAUACACCCUCGCAACCCAAGAAGCGUUGCCCGCUCCCCGUGGCCCUAGUCUUCACCUGUCGCAGCAUCUACCGCGACACCCUCUGCCUGCUAUACGCAUCCACCCAAUUUCGUCUUUGACUCCACCAACGCCAUCGCCCGAUUCUUUGAUAUCACCGCCAAGGAAGCUCAGGCCUCCAUCCGACAUGUCGAAAUCAACCAGGUCAUGUACAGCGAACAGUCGUUGGCCAUGUUCCACGCUUUCAAGUGCCGCAGCGAUCUGGCCUUUUUCCUGGCCUGCGACAAGUUGACGGAUGUCUACACGACUCUCCGGGUGCUGCACGUUCGUUUCUGCAUCUGUAAAUGGCCCAUUCAUCUCGAGAUCGGUAAGCCUGCCUUGGCCAUACCCCCUGCUGCGCUUUGAGGGAUUCAAGGGACGUCUGGACUUUGUCCGGAUCCAGCCGCAGAUGGGGAAGUUCAGCCAGGAGAAGCUGUGAACAAUGGCGCGCAUGCUGGAACGGAUGCUGAUGGAUCCAGAUGCCUUUCUGAUCCGGGAGAAAGAGGAGCAGGAGGAGCAGAUGGCAAGGGAAAUGAACGGGCUUGUAAGAG